GUUGCUCCGCCGGGGCCCGAUGCCUCCGCCAGGCCUCCUUCUCCUCCUCUCAGAAUGGGGUUGUCAGGCCUCAUCCUCCUUCUGUUGCACAGGACACUCACGGAACCGCUGUUCAAUAUUUCGCGAUCGAGUACGAAGUAACUGUAAUACGACGAUCGCGACACUUUCGUACAGAUACUCCUGGGGGCUUAUUACGGUUCUCGGAUUGGGUGAAAGUGACGAAAGUGAGUAGUUCACCCAAGUACCGUUGAUCUCACCUAAUAAAAAUACGAAAUUAUUCGCGUGAGCGGGCUCGACACGAAAUUUCUAGGUGAAAAGGUGAAAUAUAUGUUCUGUGGGUGAAAUCAAACAAGAGUGACGAGGAAAAAAGACUGUUCGUUACAAGUUACAAUGGAUAAUUUAAUAAUCGCGUUAUUUAUGCAACAACAUCGAGAUAAUACAAUGCUGAGAAUACGAAGGAGAUUACGGGACGCCUCAGAUCCAUUUAGUAUUCCGGAAAGUGAAUUCCGUAGUCUUUACAGAUUAUCCAGGGAAGCUGUGCGAGUGCUGAUAGAAGAUGUACGACCUCUACUACCAUUCACAAAACGACGUCAUGCAGUUCCUAUUGAAUUACAGGUUCUAAUUGCGUUGAAUUUUAUAGCUUCUGGUUCAUAUCAAAAGCGAGUUGGUCAAGAUUAUUUAUCGUGUGUAAGUCAACCAACAGUUAGCAAGAUUCUACGCAAUAUAGUCAAUGCUUUGAAUAUUUUAAUGAAUGACUGGAUUCAAUUUCCAAUCGAAGAUGCAGAAAUUCAGCAUAUUAAAGAAACUUUUUGGGCACGUAAACAAUUUCCUGGUGUUAUUGGAGCAAUAGAUGGAACCCAUAUAGCGAUUGUUCCACCAAAUGCAGAGAGGGAGCACCUCUAUAUUAACCGAAAAUUAUAUCAUUCGUUGAAUGUUCUUAUUGUAUCGGAUUACGAGGGUAAAAUUUUGACCCUAAAUGCUGCACAUGGUGGAAGAACACACGAUGCUAGAGUUUGGAGAGCAUCUCGUAUAUCUAAUCAUCUGCAAGAGAUGUACGCUGCAGGACGAAGAGAUGCUUGGCUUUUAGGUGACAGGACAUUUAGAUGACAGUGUGGUUUUUCUUGUUCCAGUCUCGGCAACAAUACUUUUCUAUGUAUAAU